AUGGAUCAAUCAUACAAUAACAACCAAUAUUCAUAUAAUAAUAAUAAUAAUAAUAAUAAUAAUAUUAAUAACAACAACAAUAAUAAUGACGAUGGAAAUAUGAUGACCAAGGAUUCUGUGAAUGGUUAUGUGUCUAAUGGAUCAGACGAGAUCUUUUUUGACAAUAACAGUAAUAAUAAUAAUAAUAAUAAUACUAAUAAUUGCUAUAAUAAUAAUAAUAAUAGUAAUAAUAAUAAUAAUAACAACAACAAUAGUUACAGUAAUAACAAUAAUAUGGGUUACUAUAAUAAUAAUAAUAACAAUAAUAAUAAUAAUAAUAAUAAUAAUAACAACAAUAAUAAUAAUAACAACAAUAAUACCAAUCCUCAAUCUGUAGAUUUAAAUGAUCCAUUCUUUUUGUCAUACAUUCACCAACAAAUAGCUUUGGGCAAUUUGGUCUUUAAAAAUGCACCAACCUCCAACAAUAAUGAACAUACAUCGAUGGUACCACACUCACCAUUGUCACAACCAAAUACUAUUGUUUAUUCGCCAGUUCCACAUUCACCACAACAAGAUAAUGGUAAUAAUGGUGGUAAUAAUAAUAACAACAAUAAUAACAACAACAACAACAACAACAAUAAUAAUAAUAACAACAACAACCACAAUCACAACAAUAAUCAUCAUCACCACAAUAGUAAUAAUAAUAAUAAUAAUAAUAAUAGCAACAACAACAACAACAACAACAACCACCACCACAAUAAUAAUAAUAACAACAACAACAACAAUAUAAAUUCAAUGGGCUCAAUUCCAAUAAGAUCACCAUCAUUUGGAAAUAAUAAUAAUAACAAUAACAACAAUAACAAUCACUAUAAUAAUAAUAAUAAUAAUAAUAAUAAUAAUAAUAAUAACAACAACAUCAACAAUAAUAAUAGUAAUAACAACAACAACAACACUAAUAGUAAUAAUAAUAAUAAUAACAACAAUAAUUUCAAUGAUUUAUCAAACUCGUCUCAAUCAGUAUACCAAAAUCAAUUUAUGCAGCAACAAAUGACACAACAAUAUAUGAACAACAACAACAACAAUAAUAAUAAUAAUAAUAAUAAUAACAACAACAAUAAUAUGAAUAAUAAUAGUAAUAAUAAUAGUAAUAAUAAUAAUAGUAAUAAUAAUAAUAAUAAUAAUAAUAAUAAUAAUAAUAAUAAUAAUAAUAAUAAUAACAAUAACAAUAUAAAUAUGAAUAAUAGUAAUAAUAUAAAUAUGAAUAGUACUGGUAAUAAUUUAAUACUGCCAGCAAUUCAAAACCAAUAUUCAGAACCAUCAACACCAAAUAAUGAUUAUGCAUCAUCACCAAUGCAAUUUAAUAAUGGUUUAAUUCAAUCACCACAAAGACCACAACAAAAUAAUAAUCAACAAAUUCAAACUAAUAAUCAAAGAAAUAAUAAUAAUAAUAAUAAUAAUAAUAUUAAUAAUAAUCCACAAAUUUUUAAUAAUAUACCUGUAAAUAUUAAUAGCUAUGGACCAAAAGUUGAAAUUGUAGAUAGUUACAAUCAACCAUUCCCAAUUUAUACUGUCAAAACUCAUGUACUCGUUCCAGCACCAGUUGUCAAAGUUGCCAACUAUAAAGGGGAUGCCAAUGAUUUAAUGGUAGUUGCAAAUCCAGAGCCAGAUGAUUCAAUCAUUAUUUCACAACCAGCCGUUACUUGUAUCGAUGGUACAUUUGAAUUUAAAUUCACCGAUAUGCACGUCGAUCGUAAGAAACAUGACCCAUGUAGUUCAUUCCGUUUGAAAUUCUCUUUAAUCAACAAGAGAACUUUUGAACGUUUCAAUGAAGUUGUUUCGCAACCAAUCAAUCUCUUUUACCAUACCGAUCUCUUACCAGCACCAGAUAUAGCUCGUUUAGUUCCAAACUCUUGUUAUUGUGGUCAAGAGCCAGAGGUAACUUGUUAUGGUUACUACUUUAAGAAAGGUCGUACUGAAAUUCUCUAUGUAGAUCUCGAUCCAUUGGAACCAUCUCCCGAUCAUCAACCAUACUCUGUAAAGCAAGAACAACUUCGUAUGCCAAAUCAAACCUCUUUCUCUUUUGCUUUUGUUCCACCAAAUCGUUCAACACCUGGUUCAUACAAUGUCACCACCCGUUACACUAAAAACACCAUCAAAAAAGAUAAGGAAAAGUCUGUCAAAAAUAAAUCUAAAAUCGGUAAACCACAUCCAUUCACCUAUAAUGAAUUACCAGAAGAUGGUAAUCCAAAACGUCAACGUGGUCAACAAAUUGAUUUUGGUGGCGAUAGAAAUCCUUCAUCACCAUCAAGUGAAGAUUAUUCAAAUAGUAUGUACAUUAAUGGUGCUGUUGGUGGUGCUGGUGGUAACAGUCAAACUUAUUUCAUCACUGGUAGCAGUGGUAAUAGUGGUAAUAAUAAUAACAAUAUGAACUCUUCACCAAGUUAUUUCAACUAUAUGAAUUGUGUAAUCCAUGGCGAAGUUGAAGAAUUAGAAGAUUUAUUAAGUGGUGAUGAAAAGGAUGGUUUCGUCAAUUCCAUUAGAGACUUACAAGGUAAUACUUUAAUUAUGAUUGCUGCCAAGGAAGGUCGUACUGAUAUGGUCGAGAAAUUGAUUGAAAUGGGUGCUGAUUUAACCAUAAAGAAUAGAAGUAGUCACUCAGUUUUCCAUAUGGCUUGUUAUUCAGGUUCAAUUGAAUUGGUCACUCAAGUGAUCGAAGCAUCCGGUAGUGAUCUUGAUCUUUUAAAUGCCGAUAAUGUUGGUGCCACCGGUUUACAUAUUGCCACCGAACGUGGUCAUUAUAGAUUGGUCAAAUUCAUUUGUCAACAAUAUGACGUAUUGGUUGAAUGUAAAGAUAACCGUGGUUUAACCGCUUUCCAUUAUGCUGUUCAAGAUAACAAUUGUCGUAUCGUUUCCAUUUUCAUUGAACACUUUUUAUUCAUGGGUGAUGGACUUUUGGAUAUCAAGGAUCACACUGGUAUGACUCCAUUACAUUGGGCUGCCGCUUUAGGUCGUUACAAUAUCUUUGUUAAAUUGGUUGAAGCUGGUUCAAAUAUUAAUGCCGUCGAUGGUGAUGGUGAAACACCAAUCUUCAAAGCAAUCGUUACCAAUAAUACCGAUAUUGUCACCUACUUAAUCGAAAGUAAUUGUGACAUUAGUGUUGUAAAUAAUCAUGGUUUCACUUAUAUUGAAUUAUUGGCUCAAUAUAAUAAAGUAGAUUUAGAUGAUAGUGAUAGUGAAUCUGAUCUAGAAGAUUCCGAUGAAACCACCAAAGUAGAGCUAAAUAAACAAGAAGAAGAAGAAUUAAUGAAAUCAUUAGUAUCAUCUUCAACCACCAAUACUACCACUGCCAUUGUUACAAAAGUUAAGAGUGAUUUCGAUCUUGAAAUUGAUAUGGCUAUUGAAAAAUCAAUUGCAAGUGUUGCUGGCUCAAAUAAUAAUAAUAAUAAUAAUAAUAAUAUGGAAAUAACAACUAAAGAUUUCUCAAAGAUUAAUAUUCACGACACUACUACAACAACCACUACAACUACCACUUCAUCGUCAGAUAACAUAUCAAUUGAAAAAGGUAUUGGUCAAAAGAAAACACCAUCAGCUUUAAUUUUGGAUAGAUUUGAAAAAUAUAGAUCUGGUGGUAAAGCACUUAAAACCCUUAAUAGUGGUGAUUUAGAUUUAACUUGUAUAACUCCAAGUGACAUCUCUGUAAAUAGAAUCCAAGCAUUAGUUCAACAAAUUGAAAGAAAUCAUAGUAAGAAUCAAACUGAAAAGAAUAAAGAAUUAAUCCACCUUUUGGAAGAAAGUUUCCAAGAGAAAAUAUCUGGUUGGAUGGGUACCGAAGAGGAAUUGUUGGAAGCUGGUCGUCGUGCUUCUGCUUUAGAAGAGGAUUUAACCACCAGCUCAAGAGAGAACAUUAAAUUAAUGGAUUUCAUAAAUGGUUCUCCAAUUACAUUUACAAAGAUUGAAGCAGGUUGCACAGCUUUAUUCGUCUUAAAAGGUGAAAGAUAUUAUGGUCAUCAAUUAGAAGAAGGUAUCGUUUGUGUCUCAAAUGAUUCAAUGUCUGCCCUCAAAAAAUUAUAUGAUAAAAAUUUACCAUCUUGUUUAGUUGCCAAUGUAUUAUUCGCUUUAAAAACAACUUCUUCAAAAUCAUCUCAACUUUUACCAGCUGGUAGUCAUUUCUUGGUUUGUGAUGUUGAAGUUGCAAAACAAUUUAUAUAA